AUGGGUGGAGACUUCAAUGAAGUCUUGAAAGCUAGGGACAAAUUUGGGGGCAACCCCAUCAAACCAAAUAGGAGCAACCUAUUUUGGAAUUGUGUCAAUAGCUGCCAACUUGUAGACCUAGGAUUCAAGGGUAGCAAGUACACUUGGUCCAACAAGCGUUACAAAAAUAGGUCUUGCCUCAUCCUAGAAAGGAUUGAUAGGUGUUUUGCCAAUAACCACUGGGUACAUGAAUACCCCGAGGCAAGCAUUACUCACCUUGCAAGGACCUACUCUGACCACUGUCCUUUGCUAGUAAAGCUCAACAAUAACACACAUCUGGCCUCCACCAACCCAUUCCGGUUCGAAUCCAUGUGGUGCAACCACCCAAUGUUCCAAACACUCAUCAGGGAUUCCUUCCCACCUCACUCUACUCUGAUCCCUUCCACCACUAGAUUCAAAGAAAAUGUUACCAGUUGGAACAAAACAACCUUUGGCAACAUUUUGCACAAAAAAAAGACUCUUCUUGCCAGGAUAGCUGGGAUUCAGAAAUCUCCUAGCUAUCAAACUAGCAUCUUCCUCCAAAAUCUGAAGACCAGCCUUAUAGAAGAGCUUGAUUCAGUCCUCAAAAAUGAGGAAGAUUUCUGGAAGCUGAAAGUCAGAAUUAACUGGCUCUCUGAUGGUAAUGCCAAUAUUAGAUUCUUUCACACAUCCACCCUUAACCGGAGAAGGAGAAACGGAAUUCUAUACCUUAAGGGGGAAUCAAGGCACUGGCAUUAUGAACCACAGGAAAUAAAAGAUUCAAUAACAAAUUUCUUCCAGAAGCUCUACUCCACAUACAUUACUCAAUCCCAAAGGAAAACCACCACUCAGAGCCCUAGGGACCCUCCCUUUAUGAAAUCCAAAAAUCCUCUAUGGCAAUGCCCCUCAGAGAUAGUGAAAUCAAGAAUGCCAUCUUCUCAUUCAAGUCUUUCAAAGCUCCAGGCCCUGAUGGCUUACACCCUUUCUUCUACUAGAAAUACUGGGACAUUGUGGGAAAGGAUGUGA